AUGGGCUCAAAGGCCAAGGCCGGUUAUGCAGCCUUUUGCCGUCAAGAUUUCAUUGGCAUCGACUAUGGCCUGCUGGAUUGCGCCACGUAUGAACCAUUGCCCGACUACUACGCUGGCAUUCUCUGGGGUGCAACCAUGGGCACGAGCGUGCUCAACGUAUCCGUGAACAACCGCCAAAUCCGAGCUUAUGCCCACUGUGGCACCAACCAGCGCUCAAACCUCAUCACCAACCUCAACUCAUCCCCCUCGACCGUCACGUUGCUAUUACUGAACUUGGACACGGCCAGCCACGAAGUGACGCUCCCCGCGGCCUUGGCUCAACAAAGCGCGACCGCCUUUGAGCUUCAAGCCGGCCCGGGGGGUGUCGGCGGCCAGACUGUGAUGCUCAAUGGCAAUACCCUGUCCUACAGCCGCAUGCAGCUGCCCAAGUUGGAAGGACGCAUUGUUGGCGUCGAAGACACAUACUCCCUUCCCCCCCAAACCGCUGCUUUUCUCUCCUUUGAGCAAGCAUCCGUCCCAGCCUGCUCGACUUGA